AUGUUGAUUGGUGCUAAGCAGCCUAGUCGAAUGCCUAGUCAGCGUUCCUUCUGUGUCCCUCCAAAAACUAAUGGGAAUCAUUGGAAUGAUGACCUUGCUUCGAAGGGUAGUUCCCCAUUUCUGCAGCCGCCCGAUACAACGUUUGUGGCUACAACACCGAGCUCUCCUACAGGAACUAGACAGUCGGGUAUUGAUCUCAGACCAAGCAAAGGAAGCCCUGCCCCGGUGGUCGUCACUGGCCAACCUCGGACAGGGGGGUCUCUUGGACCCACUCAUCUCAGCUAUGGCUCUGGUAGCAGAUACCUCCCUCCAAGGUUGGUGAGCGCAUCUAUUGGACGAAUAAGCCCAAGAAAGAUCAUGAUGGCAAGGUGUAGUGCUCUGAUUGUAGGAUUAGAGUGGUGGCCUAAUAAAUAUGACCUGUCCCUAUCACUGAUCCAGAAAGACGCUGCUAUUACAGUAAAACGAGUUGUGGAUAAAGUGUAUGUCACUGUCCUCCAAGCAACUGAUGAGGAGAUUACAGAUGCGAGGAAGAUUGGAAUUGAGCUCAUCCUACCUAAGUUGAAGCCUGGCUUGAGUUCUAAUGAACCAACAACUGACUGGCUGGUAAUGCAUGAAGCAUAUUUUCCAGACCUCAAGAAUUGUCAAGACAUAGGCUUAAUUAUCAGCCAUGCACAUGUAAAUAGAACACUACAUUUUGCGAGAGAUAUUCAUCAGAUUUUUCCAACUGCGAAAUUGGUAACUUUAGUUCAUCAUAUUCCAGAAGAGACAUUUGCUGAUUCACAAAAGCCUGAUGAAUCAGUGAAAAAGGAAAAUGAAAUCCUCGAAUAUGCUGGAUACUCUGACCUUAUUCUCUCCGUUGGUCCGAAGGUAUUUGGUCAUUUCAACUCAAAAUUUAAACGGCUACAGAAUAAGGGAGUACACUUCUGUUACUUGCCAAGUGCCGAUGAUAUGUUCCUGCAAGCAGAUAUUUCUGAACCCGAUCUUGACACUGAGAUGGAAAUACUUUCAGUAAACCUACCAUCCACAAGAAAGACAUUCAAUGAUUACAACAUAGUCGCACGUGCAAUGGGGAAAGUUGCCAAUCAUUACGAGUAUGAUGAUAGUAAACCAACUUGGAAGAUAUGUGGUAUAUCAAACGCUGAUGCUCCAUCCUGUAAAACCCAUUUGAACAGCAAGGCAUCUUCUCCACAUUUAAACAUUAAUAUAUGUUCUAAAAAGUGCAUAGAUGACAUUUAUGAAGAUUUGAAGCAGUGUUGUCUCUAUCUCCAUGGUAAUAAAAAAGAUCCAUUUGGCAUUCUUGCUCUCUCUUCUAUUGCCGCUGGUGUUCCAACACUCAUUGAUAGUGAAUCAGGUGUUGCAAUGUUUCUGCAGAGAUCUCUGUCUGACCAAAGUGACAGAGUUAUCGUUAAUGUUGGUCCAAGUGAGAAUGAAGCAAAUAUGAGUGAAACAUGGGCGAGAAAGAUCUACCAAGCUCUGCGACAAUACCACAAGAGCUUCAGCAGUAUCCAGCAACUGAGGAAUGCUUUACUCCAGUCUGUGAAAGAAGGUGUUAUUGCUGAAUCCCACACUGAAAUCAUCAACUGGUACCAUUCUAUAUCACAGCGUAAAUAUGGAAGCCAAUCUCCUUCACGAUCUGAUACUAGUAGUGUUUUUUCAAGUUCACCUAAUCGGCCUUCUGGGAGUGAAGAAAACCAACAACACACACAACCAUCUUCCAAAAGUAAUCGCGACGAGGCUCGCCUCCGAUCGACAAUCGAGAUUGUUGGAGAGUUGUCACGAUCUGACUCCCUGAGACGAUUGAGACUGUUUAUCUCUGAGAUGACGGAGAUGUCGGUCGAUAACCCGGAAACUUCGGCGGUGGAUCUAAAUUCUCCCAGCGUGGAACAAACACCGUUCAACUGCUUUUGCUGGGGAUCAGAGUGUCCAGUCACCAUGGUUACCGAUGUUGGUAAACUGCGUAUUCCCACUGGGGCGCUGACAUCGACACCGAGUACCGAGGUGGAAUUGGCAUGGCCUUUAGGGACUGAACCGGUUCAAUCCACCGAGACUUCAUCAGUACCAACGCUGCCUGAGUGGCUUGUGCAAUCACAGGGACUGUUGCCUUCCCUUACCAGUAUUAGUCAAGGUGUCCAGCUCUCCCAUGGUGAAGAGAUGGCUUGGAAAGCCUGGAUGCGUAAUCUGGCUUCAAAUGUCAACUCCCUUCUGCAGUCUCAGGGCACGACGCAGGAGGGACCGGGGGGUUUGAGGGGGCGCAAGUCAGUGGGGGCACGGGCUGAGAUACUGCCUGUCCCUCCACCACCAAGGCUAGGGUCAGGUGUGUCCCAUUCUCCCAGUGAUCUCUCCUUUAGAGGAUCAGUGGGGGAACAACUCACAUCAGUGGGAAAGGGAGCGUGCACUUCUUUUAUAGAGGGGGGCCCUCUCCCUGAAACAGAUUGCCUUAUGCGUCCUCUUCCGUAUUCCCAACAACCCCCUCAGGCUUGGGCUGACCAGGCAUCGUUUCCUGUGUCUUACCAGGCCGCACAGAUUGUCCCCACUUGUGACUGUAGGGGGGGCCUCCAGUGUUGGUACCCCUGUACAGGGUGGUAUGCAAUCUCUUAUGGGGUGCAGCUACCACUCCCCCAGCAGGACGGGGCGAGCGCUCUGUCUCUCUCGUCGCCACUUUGUCGGGACAGUCACAGGAUACCCAACCAACCGGAGCCCAGCUGA